AUAAGUACUAGUUACUGCGGAUUGUUACGGUUAUGGUCCUCAAAUCCUGGUCAAGCACAGCACAACCACACAUUUAUAAGCCACAUGAAAAGAAAAAACAAAGAUACUACAAAAAAUCAGAUCCUCUUACAACAUAUAUAACACCAUAUUCCUCUUAAUUAUUUUUCAAAUCAUCUAUUUGUAUUCCUUCUUACCCUUUUCUUAUCUCAUUCAUCUUUGAAAAAACUAUUUAUCAGCAGAAUACUAGUUCACUAGCGAGCAAAGCCAUGACAACCUGUGAGAGCCUGCAACACAUCUUUGAUAACCUAUUGCCGGAAAAUCCAACACUGCUUGAAUCCCUUUCAUGGAACAAAAUUAAACCAGUAAAAUCCUUAGAGUCCUCUUCCUCCACCUGUACUGAGAUAUUUGGUGAGCUUCAUUUCAAGGAGUCAUCUCCACCCUUACCAACAACCGAGAUAAAAAACACAGAGCUCAACCAGGACAAAGACUCUGAAUCUUCUGAUAUUAAUCAAACUCCAUCUUCAGCUUCUUUUUCAGUUACUCAAAUAACAAGCCCUGCAAGCAGCAAGGACAAAAGCAGUGGCAGCUUUUCAUGGUUGAGUUCUGAAAGCAUGCAUCUUUGCACGGAGGGUCUUGGUUUCGAGAGCUCGGAUGAUGUUGAGGACUCAAAGAGUGGAAUAAAUGAAUAUUGGCAAAUUGAUCAAAACGAGAAACAUAUCGAACAUGGUUUAUCUUCAAGAGGUCAUUCUUAUGGAGAAUGUAGGAGGUCAAGGGUUAGUGAAUACCCUCCUCCCAUUUCAAGCAUAGGGAGAACAGGGAAGCCUGGGGUUUAUUUCAGGUCUUAUAGGGAUAAUGGAAGAUUUGUCCUCGAAGAGGUAAGGAUACCGACACAAGAGUUCCUUCGUGCUUAUAGAGAGGAUGGAAGGCUCAAGCUGCAGUUUGUUCACCCUCCAGAGGACGAGUUUAUGGAAGAGGAAGGAGAAGAAGAGGAUGAUACAGGAAGCAUAGAUGAUGAAAGAGAAGAUAUUGGAAAAGAAGUUGAUGAUUGUGUAACACAUCAUUCAAAUGAAGAAAAAGAGGUUGCUUGAUGGUCAAGUUACUAGUUACUCAAUCAACAAAAGGCAGAAAAAUUGUGUAAUCAAGAGAUUUUCCUCUCAAUGAAUGUACAAAAAUAAAUCUUAAUAUUUCAUAACACCCUAUUAUAUAAGUCUACUUUAGUUUGACUCUUAUAUGUUAUAUCUCUCUUCCAAUAUUUGUUCGGGAAAGAGAAAAUUACACUAUUUUAAAUGAUGCACAAUCUUGUUUGCAAAGACACAAACCAUAUGUAAUAUCGAUAUUUUAUUUUGAAAGUGUAUCUUGUGUCUCGA